CCUUUAGUAUCCAACACUCCACAAUUUCAUCCAAAACAUUUUUUAAUUAUUAUAAUAUUACGAAAUGGCUCAAUAUCUAAAAUAAUCUUAUGUCGCAAAGACCAUCUUUAUUAAAUCCAUCCAAUAAAGUAUGUCAAUUUAAAUUGGUAUUACUAGGAGAAUCGGCAGUGGGAAAGAGUAGCUUGGUGUUAAGAUUUGUCAAAGGACAAUUUCAUGAAUAUCAGGAAAGCACAAUUGGUGCAGCUUUCCUUACUCAAACUAUUUGUUUAGAUGAUACCACUGUUAAAUUUGAAAUAUGGGAUACUGCAGGUCAGGAAAGAUAUCAUAGCCUUGCACCUAUGUAUUACAGAGGUGCUCAAGCUGCAAUCAUCGUUUAUGAUAUUACAAAUUAUGAUAGUUUUGUUAGGGCUCAAAAUUGGGUUAAAGAAUUACAACGACAGGCUAGUCCUAAUAUUGUUAUUGCACUAGCAGGCAAUAAAACCGACCUCGCCGACAAACGCGUGGUAGACUCCGAGCAAGCCCAGGCUUUCGCCGACGAGAACGGGCUUCUGUUUAUGGAGACUUCCGCUAAAACCGCGAUUAACGUGAACGAAGUAUUUCUGGCAAUCGCCAAAAAGCUUCCCAAAGGACCGGAUGUGCAAGCCCACGGGGCAGGUCAGAAAAAAAGUGGCCUGGAUUUAGCAAACAGUAAUCAAAGCGGAUCGUCUACCAUCGGUUCCGCUACUUCUUGUUGCUCUAAAUGAUUGUCUUGAACUGUGAUAAUCCUGGACGGAAUUUUUUUUUAUAGGACCCGAGAGCCCAUAUUUAUCCAAUGAUGAGCUUUUUUAAAAACGUUUCUUUUAAUCGGCCCACACUAGGAAAAUAAAAUCUUUGCAAUUUUAUUUUAUUAAUAGUUCCAACAUGUUCUUACUUUCCCAUAAGAAUUAUACUUCUUUACCACCCUUAAUUAUUUAUGCUAGAAAUUGUCGUAUUAUUUACUCGCUCAUGAGAUGUGAAAAAAAAUUAUUUAUUUUUCCUCCCUACAGUAAAUAGAAUAUUCUUUUUUAACUUUCCAUUUCUUUUUAAUUUAUAUUUUAAGGUUGAAGAUCAUAUAUAUUUAGGUAUAUUUUAUUUAAAUGCUGAUUAUUUGUUUCUUGCCAAUCGAUCAUCUUUUAAAGAUCUAAUUUAGUUAAAUCUUUUUUAAAAUGUAUCGGUCGAAAUACUUAGGCGAUGUAUCGAUUUUGGUAUUUUGAUAGAUAAUAAAAAGAAUCAGUUUCCAAACAUUUGUUGUUUUUUGCCAACCUCCAUUUUACUUCUUCUCAACUUAACUUGUUAUAUUUUAUAUUUAUAUUAUAAUGGACAUGUAAUUUAUUUCGCACCAUUUUAAAAAUAAUAAAAAUAUAUUUUUAUAAAUUAUUUCGAUUAUAAAAAUCUCUUUUUUAAAAAUAAUAUAUCAAUAAAUAAUUGUAAUAUUAUCAUUAAAAAAUUAUUAAACAUUUAUGAAAAUUAUUGAUGGAUCAAAUAAAUAUUAAUGUUUAUUAUU